AUGGAGCGUACGACAGGCCAACGACCCUCGGGCCGCUCCCGAGCCCCGUCGCCCCCGAUGCAGCCAACUACGGCCCGAGCGCCACCGCGCCGAGCCACGCCGCACCCGAUGUCCGAGCCUGCGGAUGAGGCCCCCUCAACAUCGCCACCACGGCGCGCCGCGCCACCAACGCCUCCACGACCCUCGGGCCGCUCGGCCUCCCCGUACUACACGGACAGGACUGGACGCAGGAUCCCCUGCUCUCAAGCUCCGCCGUCGGGACCCUACCAAGGGUAUCACAACCCGGACGCGCCGGGUCACUCGCGUUGGUUCCACAACCCGCGCCCCGCUCCAGGACACCCCGACCCGACCGCUGCUGCUCCACCACCUGAAGGGCGUUACAGCCCAUGUAGCCCUCGCCAGCAGGACCCGGAGUCAGACGAGGAUGACGACGAGGAGGGAGACUCCCGAUCCCCCAGUCCAGCUGCCCCGACGCGCGACGAGGACUACGUGCUGGAGGAUGCCACCGACAGCGACGCCACCCCUCUGUACGCCGGAUACCACGGGGAGGAAGCUAGCGAGCAGAGCAACGACGACGCGCAAACAAUUAAUAGCGACAGCGAGCCAGACGAUGAUGCCCCUUCGGCAGCCCACUAUCAAUGGGAAGGAGAGGAGCGGUACGGGUUCUGGCGGGGAUCGUGGAUCCAGUUAAUCCACGCCCGCUACACCUCCAUCCUCAUCGAGGCACCCUUCCGGCCAACUCCUGACCCAAUCAUCACCUUUCCCCCGUCACCGGAGAGGCUGUGUAUAAUGGCCCCGGACGAAGACUGGGAAAUGGACUUGGGAAACGCACCCGAGGUCCGCCCGCCGUCGCCAGCACUGGGGGAAGAUGCGGCCCUACCCAUCUUCCCCGGCGACCGGGCAGGUGACAACGCGCCAUUGACGACAACGAGCAAGCAAGCGCUCCACCUCAUCCACCCCGCGGAUGACAACGCUCCACUGGCGUCCACGAGCCAGCAAGCGCUCCACCUCCAAACGCACAACGACACACCAUUGGCAUCUACCAGCCAGCAAACGGGCCACAACACCAACCAGGACGAUGACAACGCCCCGCUAGCAUCCCCAAGCCGAGGCCCAAUUCCCAUCGCUAACGAAACCACCGAGCAGGGCUACCAGCCCACCGGGAAGGCGAUGGAGUGGGAAUCUGAGAGCAGCGAUAGUGAAACGGAGACGGGACAAAAAUUCCGCCGCAAAGAGGCGCAACCACGGCCACCGCCGAACAUUGCUGUGCCAAACCAGCAAUCCUCGGCCCACCGCCGCGGGAUAGCCAACGCAAGGAACGCGCCGCCCAACGCCGCCGAGACCAACCGCCGAGCAGCAAACCAUAGUCGCUCCACUAUCGACGAGGAGGUCACUCCCCCAGCCACCCCACGUGUCGGCUUCGGAGAUCGCGGGUUCGAUCUCUCUCCGGGCACGAUGGAUAUACUCAUAGAGGAGCUCGAGCCGGGAGUAGAGGGUCUGCUACAGGAGUUAAUCCCAGAUUGGGACCCGAGCGCACCUUCGACAGCACCAGUCCCUGCGACCACCACUGCCGACGAGGUCCCACCUCCGGCACCGCGCUUCCCGCGCCCAGUUCCUGCGGCCACCACCGCCGACGAGGUUCCACCUCCGGCGCCACGCUUUGCUCGUCGAGCCCCUCCGGCGGAUGAUUUCACCACCGACGACCCAGCGCCCGAGCGAGUCGCCAUACCAGCCGCCUGGUGGACUAACACGCACGACCAGCGAGUUCCACUGGCGGUUUGGCAGGAGAUAGCGCGCCGGAGCCAUGCCGCACAGUACUCCCGUCAGCGCUUCCGCGUUCGCACGCAGGAAGGCCCAUAUCAGGUCACCAUGAAAACGACAGGAGAGGUCCAGAUCCGUUUCGGCCGGGCGGAGUAA